UUGACUUUUCGAGAAACAUUGGCAGAUUUUCUGUCGAACUGCACAUUUUCUCAAGCGAAUCUGACUGAGCGUGGUUGCCCACUGUCGAUGAUCGAACACUGGCGAGGUGGAGCGAGCCACGAUCUUAGCAUUCUGACGACUUUAUCGAUUUAUUGUUCAAUUUAUUUCGUAUUAGUGGCAAUAUGUGUUUCUUUGGAAGUGCCUGCGGGUAUUUUCGUGCCUUCAUUCGUAAUUGGUGCUUGUGGUGGACGUCUGAUCGGUGAACUGAUGGCGAUUGCUUUCCCGGAAGGGCUUCGCGGUCCGGAUGGUCCACAAAUUUUUCCUGGCCUUUAUGCAGUCGUUGGAGCAGCCGCUUAUACGGGUUCUGUAACGCAUUCACUUUCAAUCGCAGUUAUUGUAUGUGAAACCACUGGCCAAUUGUGUGCUUUGUUACCUGUAUUGAUCGCCUUAAUGAUCGGUAAUGCAAUAAGCAGUUUUCUGCAACCAUCAGUCUACGAGAGUAUAAUUCGUAUCAAAAACUACCCUCACCUCGCUGAUUUACCUCCUUCACGUGUGAGUGUUCAUACGUUAAAAGUGGAACGUGUCAUGAUUCGUGACGUGAUCUGUAUAACAAGGGAAACGACAUAUAAGGAAUUGAGAGAUAUACUCCUGUCAACGCCAAAUCUGCGCUCUUAUCCAUUAGUCACUGACAUGAAGUCCAAGAUUCUACUCGGUUCGGUGGCGCGAAAGUACCUAAACUAUUUGCUACUACAACGACUCGGUCCAGAUCCAACUUUGUUAUGCAAAGAACGACGGCGCCUAAGAACGCCAUCUGACUUGUUUGCUAGCACAUUCAGACGAUACAGUUCCAACUACAAUACAGUCACGGGCACAUUCCUUACCGAUCGGAAUAUUAGUGGUAAUACACUGCUGGCUAACAGUCCACUGCAUGAAAUCCAAAAUGAACGUAAGUAUUAUAUUAUUUCCUUUUAA